AGUCCUAACCAGUUUCCCUGGUUGGAACCACCACGCAAGGCUUCGGUGCAGUCGGGCCUGGAGCUGUUGAAGCGACUGGGCGCCCUUUCAGUCAACCCGCCCGAGUCUGCCGCUGAAACUGCAGGCAUCAGCAGUUGUAACGGGAUCAACGGCAAUGUCUCUGAACAUGGUGAACAGAUUACUCGUCCCCUUAAGCUGACGCCAUUAGGCCGGGUUUUGAGCGCCUUUCCCCUGGAGCCGCGACUAGCCCGAACCCUCGUCUCGGCGGCUAAUUUGGGCUGUCUGGUGGAAGCCAUUACCGCAGUCAGUAUGCUCUACGUCUCUCCUGUCUUCUAUGUGCCUCAGGAACGCCGCGAAGACUACUCCGAGGUGAGCUGCUUGAUGUGGUUGGCUGGCUCACAGGUGACUACUGAUAAUGGUGUGCUAGACCCAGAAUUGGUUAUAGCUGCCGUCGUCCUUUUAUUAGCCCAACCAGACCAAAAUUCAGUAACACUGCUGGUCAAAUAG